AUGAUCAAGUUCAUCCUCGUCCAGAACCGCCAAGGCAAGACGCGGUUGUCCAAGUGGUAUGCGCCGUACGAUGACGACGAGAAGGUCCGACUACGCGGCGAGGUGCAUCGCCUGAUCGCGCCGCGUGACCAGAAAUACCAGUCCAACUUUGUCGAGUUCCGCAACGACAAGAUCGUAUACCGCCGCUACGCCGGCCUGUUCUUCUGCGUUUGCGUCGACUCGAACGACAACGAGCUCGCGUACCUCGAGGCGAUUCACCUGUUCGUCGAGGUACUUGACGCAUUCUUCCAGAAUGUGUGUGAGCUCGACCUCGUCUUCUCGUUCUACAAGGUAUACGCGAUCCUGGACGAGGUGUUCCUCGCGGGCGAGAUCGAGGAGACUAGCAAGCAGGUCGUGCUCGACCGCCUCGACUACCUCGAAAAGCUCGAGUAG